AUGGCAUGGCAGAGGCCCAAUUGCAUUGUACAGGCGGUCCAGUCCGUCCGGACUGCUCAGCUGCAGUCUCUCCUCCGAAGCACCACAAUCCCCUCAUGGAGCUCGUUACGACAGCAGCGAAGCGGGCGCAGCUACGCAACAGAGGCCGUGUCUGCUGGUGACAACGCACUCGCGGUUCGCGCCGCCCCCGAGAUCGACUUCAGCAACCUCGUCAGCCGUCCUGCCCGGGUUAUUCCCGCAUCACCCGCCUACUUCUCCGGGAGUCCCAAAUUCAUCGACCACCUGCUGAAGCUGGAACACAUCUGCGCUAAAUAUGCGUCGCUACCUACGGUGGCUCCGAGUGAAGCUCCUCGGAUGGCAUGGUUCAAACUUGCACAAUUCCGCGAUUUCGUCGGCGAGCCCGUACCGACGAAGAAAUACAAGAGCCUGAUCAAGAUCCUGCAACGGCUCAACCGGAUCGAACCCGCGCUGCUUCCACUUGAGGUUACACAGACGCUGAAGACAUUCCUUCGCCCCGGUAAUCCAUACGGCAACAAACCGGCACCGGCGACGGUGGAUGAGCAGGGCCGCGCGCGCGGCAAGGGAAAGCGCAAGACAUCCUCCGCGGUGGUACACCUGGUUGAGGGUGAGGGAGAAGUGAUGGUGAACGGGAAGACUCUGGGGGAGGCCUUCCCUCGUCUGCACGACCGUGAGAGUGCAACAUGGGCGCUGAGAUGCACGUCGAGAUUGGACAAAUACAACGUGUGGGCGACUGUUCGGGGCGGUGGAGUCACUGGUCAGGCAGAGGCUGUCACAUUAGCACUUGGAAGAGCACUGCUCGUCCACGAGCCGGCGCUGAAGCCUAUUUUGCGGAAAGCUGGUGUCAUCACUGUCGAUGCUCGUCGGGUCGAGAGAAAGAAGCCCGGCCACGUCAAGGCCCGCAAGAUGCCCACCUGGGUCAAGAGAUGA